UAAAAUUCCUUUUCGAGAUGGACUACGGUUACAUAAGGGAAUGUUUGGACAGUUGGAUUUGUCAUCCGAAUUGGUAUCAGUCUGGUCUUUCCAGCUAAGACUUUUCCCUCUUUUUGUUCUUUCUAAUAUCAUCUCCUAAUUACAAUUCUUCUUCCUUCAUUCAUGCUUGAGAAGAAUGCACGAUGAAAUCUUGAAAGAGGGUAGGAUUGUCAUUUUGAGGGUACAUGAUCACUUUGUUUUUGUCUGAUAGAUUCUCUCAUAUAACAGUGGAAACAGAGGUUUCUGGAUAAUUUUAGGCUUGUUUGACAGGUACCCAUUCCUCUUAGACUUGUAAUUCACCAUCAGAUACAUCCAGAAAUCAACAGGGCUUUCUGGGUGUCCCUUCUUUCUCUGGGAAAAUUGGAGUUUCUCACUUCUUGCUCUGGAAAAACAAAAAAAAAAGAAAGAAAAAAAAAUCGGAAAAUUUCUUUGUCGUCAACCAAUCAGUUUUGAGAAGAAAAAAUUCUUGAUUUUGGUUCUGUUUUUGUGAAGAUUUGGGAUCUGGGUUGUUGUUAUCUGGUAUGCUUUUUAAUGGGGUGUUUGCUGUUGUUAUGAGGGUCAACCUGGCUGGGAUUUUUUCUUCUUUAGAAAAUCCUUUGCUUGGUGAUUUUUGAUUCUGUGUCAUUACACUCAGAAGAAAAGAAUCAAGAAGUUUAAGUUCUGAUUAAGUUAAUGUUCUUAUUUGGAGUUGUGAAAUGGACUACUUAUAGUUGUAAUAAGUUUUUCUCAUAAUUUUUUCAUGAGGGUUUUGUUCUGCAAGAUUCACUGUCCUUCUUUCAUCUGCUUCUGCAAACCCUCCCCUCAUAUUUACACUCCUGGACCAUUGAAAUUGGAGAACAACCCACAUGUUCCUCCAUCAAUUGUGUCAAUUCCUGAUGGUGAGAAUCAUUUAUCUGGUGAUACCAUUGAGGUCAAGGAUGGGAGCUCAGAUGGGAAGCAACCAGAUGAGAAUCUUCUGAAAACCAGUCUCAAGAAGGCACCUUCAGAACCUGGUACUCCCAAAGAGGUUGGAAAGAAGAGAGUACAAUGGAUGGAUUUCUUGGGGAAAGAACUUGUUGAGAUCAAGGAAUUUGAAUCCAGUGAAACAGGGGAUACUGACACUGAGGCUGAAGACAACAGAGGUUGUGUAUGUAUCAUUCUUUGAACCUGCUCAACUAGCUUCAGUUUGCAAAUUCCAACUGUGGCUAUGACCAUGAGAAGAUGAAGACGCAAAACCAAUCUUUUGAUUCCAACUUCAUUCUAUUUAUCCAAUGGGUUUAGAAAAGAGCUCCAUGUCCAUCAUAUUCACUCAUGGGUAUUCUUUUUCAUUAUUGCUGGCUCUUCAGCACCCGAAACCAGACUGCUCUUUGGGAAUUGAAUUUAGCAGACAGUCAAGUUUCCUUAGUAAGAAUGUGAAGCUAUUCUUCUUUUCUUUGACACAACAAUGUUUGAUUUUUCACCCAUCAUGAAAUUUCACACAAGUUCUUGAACUUUUUCUAAUAAAUGGCCUGCUUCAUCA